AUGAAAAAGUUCAUGAACAUAGAAUUAAAUAGAAACGAUCUGUGGCAUUUAAUCUUGAAAAUAAUGUUAUUCAUCCAAAAGUAAAUCAUUGAAGAUGAGUAUUUAAAUUUUACAGAAAUGUAGCUUCAUUUUUCAAGUAAAAUCAGAUAUUUUUGGUAAUUGUAUAUAUGGCAGAUUCUGAUUCUGAAGUAGAAGCUCAAGAGGAUGAGAGUGAUGAUUACAUUACUUAAAUGGUUAGUUAAACACAUUCUCCUAAACCAUUAAAGAAGAAGUUGGUAAGAAAAAAAUUACAAUAGAGAGAGUUGA